AUAGCUUAAAACAAUUAACAGCUAUACGUUCUCAGUCAAAAUGGAAAAUAAUGCCCACUCUUUUGAGCAACUACUGCUGAAAGUUGUUGAUGACGGGGAUAUAAAGAAUAUAAUGAAGUUGUUGCGUUUUGGAAUCAGUACAAAUAUUUGUGACAACAAUGGUGAUCCUCUGCUGUUUAUUCCCAUAGUUAAUGGAAACGUUGAAAUGUUAGAUGUCCUGUUGACGUGUGGUAAUUGUGACUUAAACAAAUCAAGUCAGGAAUACAGAACACCUUUGAUGCUAGCUGUAGAGAUGGAUGACAUUAGAAUGAUAAGGCAUCUUAUCAAAGCAGGAGCUAAUGUGAACACUACUGACAAUUUGGGGAAAACUGCAUUACUACUUGCUUUGGAGGAGGGGAAAUUUGAAAUUGCAGAAUAUUUAAUCAAACACGGUAGUGACGUUAAUAGUGUUGAUGACCUGGGCCAGUCAGCCUUAUUUCACAUCACUAGUGGCGAACGACGGGACUGCACCAGAAUCAUCAGGAUCCUUCUACAAUGUGAUUACAAGAUCAAAGAAAAUAUUGAUCAGAUAUCAAGAGAAGAAAUUGCUACGUAUCAAAAACAACAAGAAAAGAGAAUACCUACCCUAGUAAGAAAAAUAAGCCUAAAAAUGAAAAGAUUACCCAGUUUUAGACAGAGUUCCCGGAUUACCAAAUUCUCUUGAAAGAAUAAAAACUAGUGUUUGGAUUUUCUGUUCCAAUGGGAGUUAUUCCACAGCCUUCCCCCUCACAGCUGGGAAGACAACAUUACUUUGUAGACCUUGUUGUUUCGAUUUCGAGAAUAAGAAUCUAUGAGAAAGGGGAAACAAGUAAUGUUGAAAUACCACUGAUGUGUUUCGGUGUUCUAGAAAACAAUCAAUUGACAAAUAGAACAAACUCGAGUGUCAUUGUAGACAAUGAACAUACAAACGUUCCUAGAUGAACUUUUACUGAAACAGAGUCAGGAUAAACAAAAAUAUUCAGAUCCAGGCAAUAUGACAGACUUUAAAAAAGUUAUGAACAAUGUCAAAACAUUAAUCAUAUUCCACAUUAACAGCUGAAAAAUAAAAGCAAUUAC